AUGCAAAACAAUUACUUUGUCUGCACCCUGGGCCAGGCGGCUGCCCUAAACACCAGUCCGAAGUCGUACCGAAAUAUUGGCGAAUACAUCCGUCAGCAGUCCCAGAACCACCCCUUACUCCCUGCCGUUGGCUUCCCCAUUCCCGAACUAGAUCAGCAAGUGUGGAGUUACAAGGUUCUUACAUUUGCACAUGUUGAGCAUGGUGUUGGUGUCUUCGCUUCACGCCUUGCAAUCGCUCUUGGCCCCUCACGAGAACCACAGACUGUUGCUCUACUGUGCCAUAGCUCUCCUGAAUUCCUCUUCACUUGGUUAGGCCUGAUUAAGCUGGGUCAUGCCGUCUUACUCGUAGCCCCUCAAUGUCAGCCGGCUGCAAUAUUGCAUCUUUGUACCUCGUGUCAGGUGUCAGUUCUCCUUUACGACGAGGCCCAUGCUGAGCGAGCGGAUCAGUCGGAGGAACUAGCAAAAGAGCAGGGACUGUCUGCUUUGGAAACAAAACUGCUACCAAUAAAUGCUUCGGAAGACAUCUGGCAGGUUAUUCAGGAACAAUUCGAGGAUAGCAUUGAACCACUGCACGUCGAUCAGGGAGCAGUUGCAUAUCUGCACCACACUUCUGGAACCUCGUCUGGCCUCCCAAAGCCCAUCCCUCAAUCACAUCGCGCAGCCAUUGGCGUGCUUCCGCAUCUUCCCAAGAUACCGGCUGUAGCUUCGUUUACUACGACGCCACUCUACCAUGGAGGAAUCGCAGAUUUGUUUAGAUGCUGGACCAGUAAUGCCUUGAUUUGGCUUUUCCCAGGCAAAGAUGUGCCCAUUACAGCUCGCAACAUUUGUAGUUGUCUGCAUGUGGCCAAGGUGUAUGCAAAGACAGAAGGGCUUCCCAAGGUGAAAUACUUCUCAUCGGUUCCCUAUGUACUCCAGAUGAUGGAAGCUGAUGAGCAAGGACUGGAGCUGCUCCAAGAAAUGGACAUUGUAGGCGUUGGGGGCGCAGCCUUGCCAACUGAAGUUGGUGAUCGUCUGGUCAGGAAAAAAGUCAAUCUCAUUUCACGGUUUGGAAGUGCAGAAUGCGGCUUUAUCCUGUCGUCGUAUCGUGAAUCCUUUGUAGACCAAGAUUGGCAGUAUUUGAGAAAUUACAACCCACCAAAACUGGUAGAGUUUGAAGAGCGUCAGGACGGCCUGGCUGAGCUUGUCAUUAAACCUGGGUGGCCGCACAUGGCAAAGCAGAAUCGACCUGACGGAUCAUUCGCCACUGCCGACUUGUUUGCGCCGCAUCCUACAAUCAAGGACGCUUGGUUGUAUCAUUCACGAGCGGAUUCCCAACUUACUCUCAUCACAGGAAAGAAGUUCGAUCCGGCUCCACUUGAGGAUGCUCUCGCAACUUCCCCUGACCUAGAUGAUGUCCUCAUCUUUGGCAACAGCCGACCAUUUCCAGGUGCACUGCUCUUGCGGUCCAAACAAGCCCGUGAAAUAACAGACAAUGAAUUGCUCAACUCCAUAAGGGAGCAAGUCGCAAGAUUGAACAGCGAAAGCCAAGAUCAUGCCCGAAUACCGUUCGACAUGUUGAUUCCUAUCCCCUAUCAAGACAAGCCACUCGAGAAAAGUAGCAAGGGCACUAUAAUUCGAAGGGCUGCUGAGGAACGGUUCCAAGAUGUCAUCAAUCAGGCAUAUAUUGCGCAGGAUUCCGACUCUUCCCCCCAGGUGACCGAUGAAGAUCUUCCUCGACACUUGACGAGUCUGAUUCAGAGCCUGACGGGACAAUCUGGACAGCUCACCGAGGAUAUGGACCUGUUCUCUUAUGGUGUUGAUUCCAUUGCGUGUAUGCAAUUAAGAACGCGUUUAAGACGAUUGAUCCCGAAUAUCAAGGGACAGCUACCAAUGAGCGUGGUAGAAGAUUGCGGUUCGAUUCGGCGACUGACAGACUAUGUGUUGCGAAAGAGACAUGGGGAAAAAGAGAUGGGAGAGGAAGACGAAGAAAAACUAAUGCUGGACAUGGUAGAGCGAUAUGGCUUGUUUGAAAGGCCGGCCUCCGAUGUGUCUGCCAAUGGACUGCCUGAGAAGAGUCAAGGCGGUGAUAUUGUGGUGCUGACUGGGGCCACUGGGGCGCUGGGUGCGCAUAUUUUAAGUUUACUGCAGAAAACACCCACGGUCACAGCAGUAUACUGUCUUGUCCGAGGAGCAGACGAGACAGCAGCGAGAGAACGUGUGAACAAAGCGCUGCAGCAGCGCAGUCUGAUUGACCUAGGUCCUGCUGAUGCCCCGAAUACCAAGACCAAAGUAGUGCCAGCACAGCUAGGCGAAGAGAAUCUGGGACUAGACGAUGAGACAUACGACCAUCUCGCGAAGAAAGCAACUUUGAUUGUUCACGUUGCAUGGACAGUCAACUUCCGUCUCAAACUGCGGAGCUUUGAGAAAGACAACAUUGCUGGGGUACGAAACCUCCUCAACCUUGCCUUGAAAGCUGGGCGCCCGCAGCCUCCCUGCUUCUUGUACUGUUCAUCUACUGCGGCAGUUAUGAAUAGCUCUCUGGAUGACACAGGCAAACUGCCCGAAACGCUUAGCUCCAGGCCCUCUUCGGCAUCCUCCCUGGGCUAUUCUCGUUCCAAAUGGGUGGCGGAGCACAUUUGUCUCCGAGCACACGAGCAAACGAGGCUCCAGGGCCGUAUCGCAGUUGUGCGUGUUGGUCAGCUGACUGGUGACUCAACUACAGGGGUGUGGAACACAAAGGAGGCUUGGCCUAUAAUGCUGAGCACGGCGAGGUUGAUUAACUGCCUUCCCGACUUGGGGGAUGAGCCUUUGGACUGGCUGCCUGUGGAUGUUGCUGCAAGAGCCUUUUUGGAAACGCGUGACACGCUGGACGGAAGUGAGUCAAUGCCAGUCUACCAUGUGUUGAACCCACACCAAAAACCGACGUGGCACCAGAUGUUGGAGUGGCUGCAGAAGUGGGAAAACUUUGACAUUGUCACGCCAAAGGAAUGGGUUGAGCGACUAGAAGAGUCUGGCGGAUCGGAGCAUUCUGCCUUGAAGCUCUUGGGCCUGUGGAAGGCGUCAUAUGGUGGUGAAGCCGCCGAAGCAGGGACACGACCGCAGUUUUCUAUGACGACUACAAGCAAGAAGGUGCCGACGUUGAGGGAUAUCAAGCCGCUGGACGAAGAAUAUCUAGGGAAGAUGUGGUACUGGGUCCAGCAAAACGUGCACUGA